AUGAGCUGCCGCGUCCCGGGGAGGCCCCCGGGGGCGCUCGCCGGGCAGCCUGGGGCCUCAGCGCCCCAGCAGCCCGCCCCCGGCCCACCUGCCACCCUCCUGCUCGUCCAGGUGCAGGCCCUGGAGCAGCGCCACCAGCUGCUGGAGGCCCGCUGGCACUUCCUGCAGAGCCAGGACGCAGCCGCCUUCGACCUGGGGCACCUCUACACGGAGUACCAGGGCCGGCUGCAGGAGGAGCUGCACAAAGUGAGCCAGCAGCGCGGACAGCUGGAGGCCAACCUGCUGCAGGUGCUCGAGAAGGUCGAGGAGUUUCGGAUCCGGUACGAGGAUGAGAUUUCCAAGCGCACCGACAUGGAGUUCACCUUCGUCCAGCUGAAGAAGGUAGCCUGCCCGGCCCUCCCACCCAGGGGCUCCCUCCUCGGGGGUCCUCAGCCCUCUUUCUCUCCAGAUCACUUACUCUCCUUUAUGCCCAAGCAAAGCCCUCAGAGGCGCAAGUCCCAGCACCGACAGACACACCUGUCCCCGCAUUCUCACCCAGGAAGCAGAGCCUCCCACCCCGUCCCUGCCACAGGCCCCUCCCUCCCCUCUCCUGCCACUCACCACCCUGGCUCCCAACCCCAGGACCUGGACACAGAGUGCCUUCGUCGGACCGAGCUGGAAACCAAGUUAAAAGGCCUGCAGAGUUUCGUGGAGCUGAUGAAAACCAUCUACGAGCAGGAACUGAAGGAUCUGGCAGCUCAGCUAAAGGAUGUGUCGGUGACUGUGGGCAUGGCCCCCCGCUGCCACGUCGACCUGAGCGGCAUUGUGGAAGAGGUGAAGGCCCAGUAUGACGCCAUUGCGGCUCGCAGCCUGGAGGAGGCCGAAGCAUACUCCCGAAGCCAGGUGGAGGAGCAGGCCACCCGCUCGGCCGAGCUGGGCAGCAGCCUCCAGAGCAGCCGCAGUGAGAUCGCCGACCUCAACGUGCGCAUCCAGAAGCUCCGGUCCCAGAUCCUCUCUGUCAAGAGCCACUGCCUGAAGCUGGAGGAGAACGUCAAGGCGGCCGAGGAGCAGGGGGCGCUGGCCUUCCAGGACGCCAAGGCCAAGCUGGCCGAGCUGGAGGCCGCCCUGCAGCGGGCCAGGCAGGACAUGGCGCGGCAGCUGCGCGAGUACCAGGAGCUCAUGAACGUCAAGCUGGCCCUGGACCUCGAGAUCGCCACCUACCGGAAGCUGGUGGAGGGCGAGGAGAGCCGGAUGGACUUGCCCUCAGCCACCGUGGUCAGCGCUGUCCAGUCCAGACCCAGAACCGCUGCCUCCAGGUCAGGCCUCUCCAAGGGCCCCUCCCGGAAGAAGAAAAACAGCAAAGGUUCCGUGAUCAAAAUCACCGAAAUGUCAGAGAAGUACUUCUUGCAGGAGUCGGAGGCCUCGGAGUAAGGCAGCUGGAUGCCAGGGCGCUCCCACUGCAGCAUAAGGGACUUAAGCUA